AUCUCAAGUCCUGUAGGUUGGCGGCUUAGAAAUAAAAGAGGAAGAAGAGGAGAACGUUAUAAUUAGCCCAACGUUAUCUUUUGACUUCUGGUAGAAGAGAGAAAGUCUCAACCUUUUGAAUUUGUUUCUGACAAAAAAAACUUAAACUCACGAGCUUCCACAACCUUUUAUCAUGCCUUCUAAAAGUUAGCUUCUGGAGAGCGCUUUUAAAAACAUAGCUUCUGGUUUGAAAGGAAAAAGAUAGGGUGAUUAAUUGACUCUCAAGUUAUGAUUGAGUCAUGUGAUUGUCUGCUAGGAGUUUUUUAAACCAAAGGCUUGUGUAGGGGGUUAAUGAGCUAAAUCUAUUAAUGACUUAAAUUUUGCUGCAGACAGAUCCGCUCUCCACCUUUUGGUGAGAUGCCUCAUGUAGCUGAUGUACCGGCUACUACCAUGACUGAACAAGCUGCUGGAGGAUUCAACAUUCGCACUUCUAUGAGUGGUAAAUAUCAAAAGCCUAUUCAUCCGACCAUUGAUUUUUCCUGGAUGGGUUCGUCUUGGACUUGCAGGAAACGGCGUAGGCAUUAUCCGUCUUUCUCCCGGAAUGGUGUCAAAGUCUCGGUGAAUGAUUUUGUGUAUGUUUUAGCGGAGCAAAACAAGAGACUCGUCGCGUACUUGGAAGACCUUUAUGAGGAUUCCAAAGGCAACAAGAUGGUCGUGGUACGAUGGUUUCACAAAACUGAUGAAGUUGGUGUUGUUUUGUCUGAUGAAACUGUUGACAGAGAGAUUUUCUUUUCUCGUUGUCUUCAAGAUAUCAAAAUCGAAUGCAUAGAUGGAUUGGCCACUGUCCUCAGUCCUGAGCAUUAUGAUAAAUUUCUCAAGUUGCCAAUGUCUGUUCAGCUACCACCUUUCUUCUGCCAGAAAAUAUAUGGAGAUGAUGGUUUAAAGCCGUAUGACAUCACGCAGUUACAAGGCUACUGGCGACAAGAAAUGCUAAGAUACUUGAAUGUUUCCAUUCUUAAGUCGGGUGAAGGUGCUCAGACACUUGGCACUGACUCAGCAACAGGAGCUUCUCUUGUUGGCUGUGUUGGAAUUAGAUCCAAACGGCGCCGUUCUGCAGAUGGCAUCACAGAUGACUGCAAAGCUAGCCCUGAUUCUGUUGACGUGGAGGCUUUAGAAGCUUCUAUGUGCAAGGAAGAAAAAGAUGGUUAUUACCUGAAAAAGGGUUCUCUGAUUGAAGUUCUUUCCCAAGAUAGUGGCAUCAGAGGUUGUUGGUUGAAGGCUUUGAUAGUGAAGAAACACAAGGACAAGGUUAAGGUCCAGUACCAAGACAUUACGGAUGCAGAUGAUGAAUCUAAAAAGCUAGAGGAGUGGAUUUUGGCAUCUCGUGUUGCUGAUAGCGAUCACCUGGGUCUUAGAACCGCAGGACGGAAGAUAGUACGCCCAGUUCUGAAGCCCAGCAACGAAAAUAAUGUAUGGGUUGUCGGUGUUGGUAUGCCUGUGGAUGUGUGGUGGUGUGAUGGAUGGUGGGAAGGGAUCGUGGUGGAGAAAGUUUCAGAAGAGAAAUUUGAAGUUUACCUGCCAGGUGAAAAGAAAAUGUCUUCCUUCCAUCGCAGUGAUCUUAGACAGUCUAUAGAAUGGUCGGCAGAUGAGUGGGUACACAUAAAUUCAAGAUCUGAUCUCGUGAGUUCUGUCCUAUCCUUGAUGAAGGAGAACGAGGUCGAGGUGAAACAUGAUGAAAAGCUAUCUGAAGUUGUUGUGAUGUCACCAAAGGGUGAAGCUAAACCCACCAUCUCUCUUCCGGUAGCUACAUCCGAUAAGCCAUCUACUAAGCAGCCAGUUCCAGAUCUUCUAAAAGACGUCUUAGUCUCUGAUUUAAACUGGGAGCCAUCGAAGAAGCGGAAAAGAACUGCCAGUUACUGCAAACACAAGCCUAGCGCGACUGAAGGUUUGUCGCGUGAAAGAUCCUUGGAUUGUAAGAAGUGCAGUUCCAUGGGAGAUUCUCUGUUUAGCUCUUCCGUUGUUGGCUGGAGGAAGCGUAAUCGAAUUGUUAGUUGCUGCCCCCACAAGCCUAGCCUAACUGAUGGUUUCUCUUGUGAAAAGCCCUUGGACUGUGAGAACGGCAAGUUCAUGGGAGACUCCGUGUUCGGCUCCUCGGUUGGGCAGCCUUUGACUGGUCUAGUAAUGUCAAGAUGAUGAUCAGCUUUGGGGAUUGGAGUGUGUGUGUUUCGUCUUGUGAGGUACAUAUGGGGCAUUUGCUUAAUGCGGUGUUGGUGUUGGGUUUUAGAUUAUUGUGACUCGCAAGAUUUUCUUUCGGAUUUAUAGGUUUUUAGCUCGUCAUGGCAUCCAAAUUCGUUUGUGUAUGUGUAACAAUAGGCAUUAGAGCUUUCAAUACAAGCUGCAAGUUUUGGGUGCAAUAGAAGGGUAGGUAAUGGCAUUACCUCGCUAGGUGUUUUAGACGCUAAACAGUGUUUUUUCUUAGAAUUAAUUUUAUCUUUUUCUUUCUUUAGCAUAGAGAACUGAUUUGUUUUUCUUUUCUGGUGUGGUGGGAUCUUUCGUUUCAUAUAAACUAUGUAUUAUCAAAUAAAACCAAAUCUCUUUUACCUUGAGUUUACCUCCAGUGUUCAUAUAAUGUAUAUAUAUACUCUUUCGUA